UGCGCCGGCCGCCCGCCGCCCGGCCGCACCGCGCGGCGCCGCUCUCGCUAUGAUAUAAUACUAAGUAACGUUCACGCUGCUCAUAGCAUUUUGUGAUUAUAAAAUACGUAAUAUCGAAACAUCGACAGGUUUUUUUUUGCAAUUUGUGCGUACAUUGCAACCGCGUGAGUUAUACAUCAAAGCAUCAGAAUGUAAGGUUUCCGGUACAUCUUAUCGUCUCUAGAUAUAAUUAGGUAUGUGAAAGACAGCCCGCAUUCUCUUUAUCAAGAAAGGUUUGGAUGACUCACGUAAAUAUUGAUCGACGUGUGACUUGAUGAGAAUGUAAGUUAAUGUCAAUUAUUUUGUCGUUGGCCUGCCGCCAGCUGCCAAAAUAAAAACACUGUUCUAUGGUUUUUAACUAUUAAUUAGUUGUUUUAAUGUACCUCAUUCCCUAAUGGACGCGUGAUAUGAAGAUCUCCUAACAAAUAUCUUUAAACGCAAGUGUGUUCUUAUAGGCACGAAAGUAUUGCGAGUUUUUAAAUUAUAAUACCUCUAAAAAUAUAGAGAUCUGUAUAUGACAACAACUAAAAUGCAAAGAGUCCGUAACCCAACAACUUACAAAAAGGUUUUAUGAUACCUUAUGUUCUGAGAUACCGUUAUUUUUGAUGAUCAUUUUUUACUUUAAGCAGCGAAUCCAAGUCCCACAUGAAACAAAGGAAUAAAUAUUGACGUUUUUAGUAACAUUUAGCACACUAGGCCGAUGAACAGAGAAUAAUAUGAUAUUAUUCUAUUAACAUUACCCUCAGUCAAUUACUUAUUGUAAUUAGUAAGUUUCAGACGCACGAUGUCCCCAUACGUCGUGUCAAUAGCUAUACCCAGCAUUCAGUUUAGAUAAGAAGAAGUUUGGAAUUGUAGAGCGAAUUGUAAAAUUCCGGAUAAGUGCAGCUCUAUCACCAACAUCCCAUUCAUUUUAGAAAAGUUUUGACGUAAUACUUACGACGAGCUUCAGUAGCUAAACUUUAAAUAAAAUAAUUCAUAUCCAUUACAUGUAGGUGUCUAUAAUUGGGAAAGUAAUACGUGAUAGUGGCACACGCCAAAAAAGAUUGAUAAGGCCCAUUAGAGAAUUAGACGGUAAGUAUUAGGUCUAAGUGAAUAGAGGUUGACAAGUGAUGAAGGUUCGAUUUCAUUCCGCAAAGUUGGUGUGUAAAUAUUCCUAGUAAAAUAGCUUCUGUGCUCAGAUAAGUGAAGUGCUUUCAAGUAGUUUCAAGACAAAGGAUUGCGGAAGUCGCGAGGAAGGUUACGCGGCGCCUGACACAUAGUUACUCAUAUAAAUAUACUUACUUAAUGAUAUAAUGUACCUAGCAGAGAUAAGUCAUAUUUAUGUAAUUAUGCGCUUAUAAUAUAUCAAAUCGCCGAGUAUUAAAUCUAUUUAAUUGACAAGUCUGACUGCAACACUAUAGUGCAGAUGCUGUAGAAUGUAGAGUCACUUAUUGCUCCUGAAAGGAAUAAAGUGUCAACAUAUUUUUUACCCUUUCCUACAUCAAACAAUUGCAUUAAUUAAUUUUAGUUGUACUGGUUAUAAGCAUAUAAAUGAUAUGAAAUUCUAUUUUAAUUUAUUAUGGCCGAGGAAUAAAGUUUUCCAUGAUAGUCAGGACAACUGUUCGACGCGUCGCGCCGGUAGUGGUCUGCGGACGCGGAAUAAUAAUGAACUUAAACCAAUACGCAGCCCUUUUAUUGCUUUAUUUGCACACUCGAUCGGCGAGAACGCUGCCGUUCGUAGAUACUCAAAGUGAAUAUUUGUCGCGUAGGACAGUCCGCAAACGUACUUGCUUAAAUAAGAUAUUGUGCGUGUAUGUCAGUCAGUUCAGGGACAAUAAAAACUGGAGUCGUCGGCAAUUUCGCGCGUUCUCAUAUGCUGCACAUGGUCGGAGCGGUGAAUCACUUCUGAAAAAAAAAAACCAUCGAGGGACGGCGGAGAACGCGGGUGACGCAGCGGGCGCAAGGCCCGAGUCAUUGAUCCCGACACAGUCCCGGACGGCCGACGCCAUGUCGGAGCUCGCGCGCGCCGCCGAGCCGCUCCUCCCGCCGCUCGCGCUCGCCGCGCUCGUCGCCUGUGUCGCUGGCGCUGCCGCUCUCGCCAACUGCUCCAUACUGGCCGCACUCUUCAAAACCUCAAGGAGUGGUUUACUGACCAUCAUCCUGCAAUUAGCCAUCGCGGACUUCAUACUGGGAGCAACAAUAGGUCCAGAACUGUGGUCGUUCAACACCAGAUCGUGGGUUUUUGGUGACCCCGGCUGUGUCGCAUACCGGGGGCUAAACGUGUUUGCCUCGACUGCGUCGUCAUAUUUGGUAGCCACCAUCGCGCUACAUUCACUUGCUACAAUCAACAUUGAAGAAAAGGCUAUAACGAAACGAAUCAAACGAAGCGAACAGGAUGAAGAUGAGGAAAUAAGAUCUUCUCGUCACAGUUUAGUGACUAGCAGCGAUUUCUCAACUCCACCGAGAACUAUGAACCUAGAUUACCGACUGGGUGAUCAUAGAAUCUCUGUGGCACAACCUUCAAUCUUUGUUUGGGUUUUGGCUAUAUCACUGAGCGUGCCAGAGUUUGUAUUAGCAACCACCGUGCACCUAGAUCAGAAUGUGGUCGUAUGUACUAUUGUAGACACCAGCCAGCGACUGCAUAUGUACUCAAUUCUCGCUGUCUUCAACUUAUUCUUACCCCUACUUAUAAUGGGUACUGCUGGGGUCCUCGUUAUAAUUAAGUUAAAAUUAAAAAAGUUACUUUCUCAGAUUGAGUGCUUCGAGUCGAUUGCAGCUUUGAAGUUGUCUCUAUGGCUAAUAGUAGUUUACAUGUUCCUCUGUACGCCGCGCUCCGUUGUGACAGCUUACAAUAUUUACUCAAAGUCUAUGCAAGGAAAUGUAACUUCAUUGGUUCAGGACAAUGAUACAGCUGUCGUGAAUAUAGCUACCAGCGGUGCUUACAUUGUUUCCACUUUAGUUCGUCCAUUGCUUAGUAUAACUUUAUUGCCGCAUGUCAGAAAGUUAUUUUCUUUUGGAUCAUAUACUCAAACAGACAAUGUGUAAUAGAUACAAUAAAAUUAUUAUUUUUGUAAGACUUUACUGAAGUGAUAUAUUUUAAACGAUGUGUCUUAGCAUUUAGCAAGUUGCUUGUGAUUGUAAGUAAUUAAGGCGUUAAUUAAACACAAUGAUAUUAAGAUGCUCCUUCUAGUGGGGUCAGUAGCGCUGAAAAUAUUUUUAAGACUGCUAUUAUAUAAAAAUGUUAACACUUUGUUGUAUACAACAAGUGUUAAUUUUUUAUUUUGCAUUUAGAUUACGAGUGACAUUGGUGCCUUACCUAAAGCAUAGUUUUCUUUAAUAUGUAGAGUUUAAUGGGUGCAAAUCAGAGAACCACCUUACCCUAAAGAUACCAAAUAAACAUGAAAGACAAUAUGAGAUAUUGCAUGUUUAGAUUUAUUUUAGAAUAUCGAGUCCGUUCCCUCACCUUAUUCGGGAAAUGGAAAAUAUUGUGUAAUAUUUUUAUACCUACUUUUUUAAUAAACAAUUUUAGCAAAA